GAGCAGGCGAGAGGCUUCUCGGCGAAGCGUCUCCGCGCAACCAGCCGCCGGGUGCCAUGGCCGCCGAUCGGCGCGGGAAGGCCGAGACUCUGGCCCUGAGGCGGCGGCUGAUAAGCGAUUCUUGCAGACUCUUUUUUCCGGAGGAUCCUAUUAAGAUUGUCCGGGGUCAAGGACAGUACUUGUAUGACGAACAGGGUGCAGAAUACCUGGAUUGUAUCAACAAUGUGGCUCAUGUCGGGCACUGCCACCCUCUCGUGGUCCAGGCCGCACACGGACAGAACCGGGUGCUCAACACCAACAGCCGGUACCUGCACGACAACAUCGUGGACUACGCACAGAGGCUGGCAGAGACCCUGCCGGAAAAGCUCUGUGUGUUUUAUUUCCUGAAUUCUGGGUCAGAAGCCAAUGACCUGGCCCUGAGGCUGGCCCGCCAGUACACGGAACACUGGGACGUGGUGGUAUUAGACCAUGCUUACCACGGUCACCUGAGCUCCCUGAUCGACAUCAGUCCCUACAAGUUCCGAGACCUGGAUGGCCAGAAGGAGUGGGUCCAUGUGGCACCUCUGCCAGACACCUACCGGGGUCUUUACCGGGAGGACCACCCCGAUCCAGCUGGGGCCUACGCCAGUGAGGUGAAGCGCGUGGUGAACAGCGUGCAGGAGAAGGGCAGGAAGAUCGCAGCCUUCUUUGUGGAGUCUCUGCCCAGUGUUGCGGGGCAGAUCAUUCUCCCGGCCGGCUACUUCCCCGAAGUGGCAGAGCACGUCCGCAGGGCUGGAGGGCUCUUCAUCGCAGACGAGAUUCAAGUGGGCUUUGGCCGAGUAGGCAAGCACUUCUGGGCCUUCCAGCUACAGGGAGAAGACUUUGUCCCCGACAUUGUCACCAUGGGCAAGUCCAUUGGCAAUGGCCACCCAGUAGCCUGUGUGGCCACAACCCAAGCUGUGGCAAGGGCCUUUGAAGCCACCGGCGUCGAGUAUUUCAACACGUUUGGGGGCAGCCCGGUGUCCUGCGCCGUGGGCCUGGCCGUCCUGGACGUUCUGGCGAAGGAGCAGCUGCAGGCCCACGCCGCCUCCGUGGGCAGCGUCCUGAUGGGGCUCCUCGGACAGCAGAAAGCCAAACAUCCCAUCAUCGGGGACGUCAGGGGCGUCGGGCUCUUUAUUGGUGUGGACCUGAUCAAAGACACGGCAACCAGGACACCAGCAACUGAAGAGGCAAACUACGUGGUGUCCAGGCUGAAAGAGAACUACAUUUUGCUGAGCACUGAUGGCCCUGGGAGGAACGUCCUGAAGUUUAAACCCCCGAUGUGCUUCAGUGUGGACAACGCGCGACACGUGGUGGCCAAGAUGGAUACCAUCCUGACAGACAUGGAAGAAAAGGUGAGGAGCUGUGAGACGCUGAGGCUCCGGCCCUGAGGCAGCCCUGCCACAUCACAUCCUCCCUCCCCCAGGUGGGUGGGCCUCACUCCUUGCAACCCUCCGCCGGGGUCUGCACCCUCAGCAAGCCAAACCUUGCUCUUAACCGGGUCCUCUCCAGCCAUCCCGCCAGCAACCUCUCCCAACAGUUUGCACUUGAUAGCUGACAGGAGAGGGCAAAAGUAGCGCCUUCCCCCAAGCCAGUUCUAGAAGUGAGGGGAAACAAAUCUUUGCUGGUCUGAGGCCUCAACCACCAGCUCUGGGGGGCCUCAGUCCAGCCAGCAGCCAGGCUCAGCCAGAGGGGGCACUUUGAGUCCCAUCCAGCCAGUCCCUAGGACACUGCCUUCACACUGUCCUUGCUGGGAAACCGAAUCCCACUAACACCAGCAAGGAAAGACAGAACAGUCUGCAGGUGCUUCAGACCCCACUGCCCUGGGGGCAGCAUCCCUCACGGUACCACCUUCACCCCCUUGAAGCUGCCUCCAGUCAGAGUCCUUUAACUUUCUCUAAAAAGGCUCAAGUCCUGGGCAGGACCGGUCCUUACAAGCAGCUCACUGGUGAUGCUGAGCGUCCAUGGCCCCACCUGAGAGGACUGCUAUUUAGUCAUGGAGGGUACUAGAGCUUCAAAGGCUCAGGAGGCCCUUCCCCGCUCUUCACAGCACACCCCACACUCACCCAGGCUUUGGGGGUUUUUAAAUUUUUAUUUCAAAAGCUUGGAUAGCUUCAAUAUCCAGGUCGUGGCAAAAUCAGGACACGUGUAAAAUACCUUACAAUACAUUAGAUUCCCAAAAGGUACCAAAAAGUACAGUAAAAUUAACACUUCCAUUAACAGGAAAUGUAUGACACAAAUAAUAUAAAAUUAAAAGGUGAAAAAAAGGUGA